CACUACGGCCAAGCCAUGCCGGCAGCGCGCAUGGAGUACAUUGCGCCCUGGUGGGUCGUGUGGCUACACGGUGUCCCGCACCUCGACCUGCGCCUGCAGCCCGUUGACAGCAUUUUCAACCCCGGCGAUGAGAGUUACCAGGAGUCCUUGCUGUUCCUGGGGCUGCUGGCUGUGAUGGGCCUGGGCCUGAACCUCGCCUUCCUCAUGGCUUACCUGGUGUGUGUGUGCUGCUGCCGGCGGAACCAUGAGGUACAGACCAAGCAGCGCAGCUCCUGCUACGUCACCUGGACGGCAGUGGUGGCCGGGCUCAUCUGCUGUGCUGCGGUGGGCGUUGGUUUCUAUGGAAACAGGGAGACCAAUGAUGGGGUGCACCAGCUGAUCUACUCCUUGGACAAUGCAAACCACACCUUCUCUGGGAUCGACGAGCUGGUGUCUGGAAACACCCAGAAGAUGAAAGUGGACCUAGAACAACACCUGGCCCGGCUCAGUGAGAUCUUCGCCACCCGGGGUGAAUACACCCAGACCCUGAAGUUGAUGCAGCAGAUGUCAGGCAAUAUCAUCGUCCAGCUCUCAGGACUGCCUGUGUGGAGGGAGGUCACCAUGCAGCUGACGGAGCUGUCUGAGCAGACUGGCUAUGUGGAGCAUUACAGGUGGCUCUCCUACCUCCUGCUUUUCGUCCUGGACCUAGUCAUCUGCCUUGUCACCUGCCUGGCACUGGCCAAGCGCUCCAAGUGUCUUCUGGCCUUGAUGCUGUGCUGUGGGAUGGUGACGCUGCUCCUUAGCUGGGCCUCCCUGGCCGCUGACACUGCUGCAGCAGUGGGCACCAGUGACUUUUGCAUGGCUCCUGACACUUUCAUCCUGAAUACCACGCAGGGCCAGAUCAGCACAGAGGUGAUCCGCUACUACCUGCAUUGCAGUCAGAGUACAAGCAGCCCCUUCCAGCAGGCAUUGACCACCUUCCAGCGCUCACUGACCACCAUGCAGAUCCAGGUCAUGGGGCUCCUGCAGUUUUCUGUGCCCCUCUUCCCCACGGCAGAGAAGGAUCUCCUCGGGAUCCAGCUCCUCCUGAACGCAUCGGAGACCAGCCUUCACCAGCUGAUGGCCAUGCUGGAUUGCCGAGGGCUGCACAAGGACUACCUGGAUGCCGUCACUGGUAUUUGCUUCGACGGCAUCGAGGGCCUGCUGUUCCUUGGCCUCUUCUCCCUCCUGGCUGCCCUGGCCUUCUCCACCCUGAUCUGUGCAGGACCACAGGCCUGGAAGCACUUUGUCACCAGGGACAGAGAUUACGAUGACAUUGAUGACAAUGACCCCUUCAACCCCCAAGCACGGCGUAUCGCAGCCCACAACCCCUCACAGGGGCAGCUGCACAGCUUCUGCAGUUAUAGCAGCGGCCUGGGCAGCCAGAGCAGCCUGCAGCCCCACUCUCAGACCAUCUCCAACGCGCCCGUCUCCGAGUAUAUGAACCAGGCCAUGCUCUUUGGUGGGAACCCACGCUACGAGAACGUGCCACUCAUUGGGAGAGGCUCCCCUCCGCCCACGUAUUCUCCCAGCAUGAGGGCCACCUACAUGUCCGUGACGGACGAGCACCAGAUGCACUACGAGUUUCCAUCUUAAUGGACUUUCAGGGAUGCCUGCCUCCUCCUUCCGGUUUGGUUUUUAAUGAAUGCAAAUACAAGCUGCAUCUCUUUAAUAGAAACCAAAGGCACCUGGACACCAGCGGGCUCCUGUGGCACCUGAGACUCCUGACCAAAGCCCCAGGUGGACAGAAGGCCCACGAGUUUGCUGGCCUUGCUCCUGCCCCACUCUCUGCCCCAGAAUGCCCCACAGCUUGGCCUCAGUCCCUGGGCCAGCUGCCUGGUUCAGCCUUCCCCAACAUCCCACCCUCACCAGGUGGGGAGUGGCAAUGAGGAGAUCUCUGUUCUCUCAGAUCCUGCCACCAGGACUGUGCCUCUGUUAGCACAGUCAAAAGCCCGGACAGUCACUCUGUCCCCCAUGACAGUGGGAGAGGCUGAUUGGCAGUACAUUUAGGGAGGUGGUGUCCCUGAUAAGAGCAGAACACAGUUGGAAUCUUACGUCCAGGGCCACACGGACUCUAAGUCCCAGAGGGACAGUGUCAGGAGUGCUCCACAAUGGAGGCUUGUGGCCACAGGGUGGGCAUCUCAGCCAGUCCCCAUGGGAACGUGAAAGAAAAUUGGCCACGUUCUAUCCAUCUAACCUCCAUCGCCCACUUCCAUUCUGGAAUCCAUGCUGCAAGUCUAAGCUUCCGAUAGGGACGGUCUCAGGUAUGAACAGACACUUGGAACACAACUUUUUCUCCCAGUGUUUUAAACAUUGUGAUGAUCCAAAGAAUUGCAACUCACAGCACAUCCAAUUUCUACAGUAGAUUUGGGGUUUAUUCCUUACAUAUGGUUUUCAUACAUACCACUACUUUGCAAAAUUUGAACCAGAGGGAUCGAGUUUUGAAUAAAAUAAAAAUCAGUGAAAUAUCCUGUCCCAAUCCACUGUCGAAGGGCAUUUGGGUACCUGGAAGAGGAGAGCGAAGACAUCAAAGAAGGCUUAGUUCCUGGAGACCCAAAUGCCCAAGACAAAUGUCCCUUCCCUUUUGUCUCAAGCAAGUUUGCCAUCAAAUGUUACAGUAAAGUGGUACGAUUGUGACUUCUUGUGAGGACCAGCUUUUCCCCACUUCUCCCACCACCCUGCCCCACCCCCAGUAUCUCCGACUCCUGACAUGCCAGUCAUGAAGAAGCUUUUUGGCCGAGAGGAAAAGUGACCCCCCUUUCCUGCUCACUGAAGGGCCAGGUUAGGGUCUUUGGUGCUUCUGACCUCCUGCCAACCCUGAGCGCACAGCGUUGAUACCUCGUGGAAUUGCACAUGAAAGCAAGGCUCGGGUGAUGGCUUGGGACAGGGGCUCUGUUUCCAUUUCAAAGAGCCAUUUUAUUGUCAAAACAGCAGCAGUAGAGUGGUCCCCAGCUCCCAGGCAAGCUUCUGCCGCAGAAUGGGGCCACAGGGCACCAGGCUCACUGUGUCUCACCUACAUUAACCUGUGUGUUCCAUGACACCUUCACAGAUCCGUGAAACUCCAGCUCUGCAACCUCAAGGUAUUGCUUCUAAUCGCUCAUUACUGGCAACUUAAGGAUUGUUUUUAAUGCAUGUAAACUACACUAAAAUUCCUUGGCGGGGAGGGGGGUCCUGUAGGAGCCAGGUGAGCAAA